CGUGUUGGCAGGGCAGGAUGGGUAUCGUAGAGCAGCGAGAGGAGAUUGACUUGGUGAUGCUAGUGAACAUGGUCCUCGCCGUUGUCACCAAAGUCAUUCAUCGUCUGCACUAUCAGUGGUGUCUUCAUCUGGUCAUCUGGGUGUUGCUGAUAUUGGGUCCCUUUGCGAUUCGUUCAUGAUUCAAGCGCGUCACAGCUCCUACUGUACUUGCACUCGCCAUCCUAAUAUUGAUCCGCCCUGCCCGUACUCGCUGGCAACGCUUUGUCAUGUCUCCACGUACGCGGCGUCUGCUGAGCGCACGCCGACCGACAGAGGCUAUCGGAGCUGUUCG